GACGGUGUUCACAGCUCACCAACUGGAGGAGCUGGAGAAGGCUUUUAACGAAGCUCACUACCCUGAUGUCUAUGCCCGGGAGAUGCUGGCCGUGAAGACGGAGCUGCCGGAGGACAGGAUACAGGGAGGUGGGUGGCAGAGGCCCGUUUGGUUUCAGAACCGAAGAGCCAAGUGGCGGAAGCGGGAGAAGUGCUGGGGCCGGAGCAGCGUGAUGGCCGAGUACGGCCUCUACGGGGCCAUGGUGAGGCACUCCAUCCCUCUGCCCGAGUCCAUCAUCAACUCCGCCAAGAGCGGGCUGGUGGGAUCCUGUGCCCCAUGGCUGCUGGGCAUGCACAAAAAAUCCAUGGAGGUGAGCAGGAAGGCGGAGAGCCAAGAGAAGCUGGCAGAUGGCUGGCGAGUGGAGCAGGAGGAGGAGGAACUCAAAGGGAAGCAGGCCAGUUCCCAGAGGGGCUCCGACAAGCUUGGCGUCGCAAAAGAUUCGGAGAACACAGCCAUCGACCUUUCCAGGACAGCCAAGAACGAGAAGAGGGGUGUACUGAGGCAGUGCAUCAAUGGGGACUCCCCCACGGAGCAGAAGGACAGGGACCACUGA